AUGUUUGGAAAACACCCAAAGAACCCUCCCGGGUGCAAACUGCUCGGUCCGUUUGCCCUGAUAGUUCAGGCAUCGAUGGGCGUGUUAGCGGUCCUAACCCUGGUUGUGAAACGUCAAUAUGAAGUCCCUCGCCGUCCCUGGUGGGUGUGGUUCUUUGACGUCUCGAAACAGCUCUGUGGAGCGGCCGGCUUGCAUUUUCUGAAUCUCUUCCUUUCGAUUCUUACCUCUUCGCGCACAGACGUGCCCGACACGAGUGAUAAUCCGUGCGACUACUACUUUCUCAACGUGCUAAUGGACACUACGGUCGGAGUGCCUGUUCUAUGGGGCUUCCUGGUGCUGGUGACCAACAUUGCUGAGAGACAGUUCAAGGUGACGGAGAUUGAAUCCGGAGUCUACGGCCACCCUCCCCAAUGGCGGGCAUUCUGGAAACAGGCUGGGAUUUAUCUUUUGGCCAUGGUUUUAAUGAAAAUUGUGCUUGCCACGUCGUUCAUCAUCUUCCCCUGGCUGGAUUACAUCGGCGCCUUCCUACUAAAGUGGACUGAUAACAAUCCCGAUCUCCAGGUGGCGUUUGUCAUGCUCAUCUUUCCUCUCUUCAUGAAUGCUCUGCAAUAUUAUCUGAUCGACAACAUUAUAGAGAGCAACUCGUUCCGACAGGACUACCACAGUGUUCCCAACAUUGGCGAGGUGGAUGCCCCCGAGCGAAUUCCCCAACAGCUGGCCCAGAGUAGUUAUCAUACCUUCAAGUAA